AUGUUGAAGCUACUCUGCUGUAAUAAGUAUCCCGCACAACGUUUGACGCCACUAGUAUAUAUAUAUUCAGGAAUAAUGUCCUCAAAUAGCAAGAGACAAGCAACUUUAGCUAGAUUCUUCACGUCAAUAAAACCUUCUGCAGACGAUCAGAAUUCAAAGACCUCCUCAUCUCCCGUGCCACCUCCGUCCAGUUCUUCGUCUUCUACCACAGCUAAUGGCUCUUCCCCAUUGAAAAAGCCCAAGUUGAGCCCAAUUGAGAGCUCGAAAACAGAUUCUUCUGAAACCACCGUUAAACAAGAGUUUGUAUGCGAUAUUCCUUACGCAGAUGUGUGUGUACUGUUCCAAGAAAUUGAAAACAUAUCUUCCAGAUUACAAAUUAUUAAACUUUGUUCUGAAUUUUUCACUAAAGCCAUGAAACAGAACACAGCAAACUUAAUCCCAUUGACGUACCUUUUCAUUAAUAAAUUAGGUCCCGAUUACGAAAUGGGACUGGAGUUGGGUCUAGGUGAAAAUUUACUAAUGAAAACAAUCAGUGAAUCCUGUGGUAAAUCAUUACAACAAGUUAAAUUGGAUUAUAAGGAUAUUGGGGAUCUCGGAACCAUUGCCAUGAACGCAAGAAAUGUCCAGCCAACUAUGUUCAAACCAAAACCUUUAACUGUCGGUUACGUAUUCCAAAAUUUGAAAUUAAUUGCCAAAUCAAGUGGUAAAGAUUCUCAACUCAAGAAAAUAAGAUUAAUUAAAAAACUUUUGACUGCUUGUAAAGGUAUCGAAGCCAAAUAUUUGAUCAGAUCUCUGGAAUCGAAACUAAGAAUUGGUCUCGCAGAGAAGAGUGUCCUUAUAUCCCUAUCCAAAGCACUAUUAAUCAAUGAAUACAACAAUACACUUGAUCCAGACAUGGAACUGAUUGAAAAAGCUGAACAAAAAAUCAGAGACGCCUUUUGUCAAAUCCCCAAUUAUGAAAUUGUUAUAAAUUCAUGCCUUAAAUAUGGUAUAAUGAAUUUAGAUGAACACUGUUCUUUAAGACCUGGUAUUCCAUUGAAACCAAUGUUAGCUAAACCAACAAAAACAAUAAUGGAAGUGUUUGACAGAUUUCAAAAUAUACAUUUUACUUCCGAAUAUAAGUACGAUGGUGAGAGAGCUCAGGUACAUUUGAUGAAUGAUGGAAGCAUGAGAAUUUACUCUCGUAAUGGCGAAAACAUGACCGAAAGAUAUCCUGAAAUUAAUGUAACAGAUUUUAUCAAGGAUCUAAACCUUACAAAAAGUUUAAUCAUCGAUUGUGAAGCAGUUGCCUGGGACAGAGAGGAAAAGAAAAUCUUACCAUUUCAGGUCCUAAGUACAAGAAAGCGUAAGGAUGUCGAUAUCAAGGAUAUUAAAGUUAGAAUUUGUUUAUUCGCAUUUGAUAUAUUGUGUCAUAAUGACGAAAAAUUAAUCAACAAGAGCCUAAGAGAAAGAAGGGAAAUCUUGCAUUCUGUAACAAGAGAAGUUCAUGGAGAAUUUACUUAUGCAAAAGAAUUAUCCACUAAUAAUUUAGAUGAAUUACAACUUUUCUUGGAUCAGUCUGUUAAGGAUUCAUGUGAAGGCUUAAUGGUGAAAGUCUUAGACGGUGAAGACUCGCAUUAUGAGCCAAGUAAAAGAUCCCGUAACUGGUUGAAAUUGAAAAAGGACUACUUAGACGGUGUUGGUGAUUCUUUAGAUCUUUGCGUUCUUGGUGCCUUUUAUGGAAGAGGUAAGCGUACUGGUACAUACGGUGGAUUCCUGUUAGGCUGUUACAAUCAAGAUACAGGUGAAUUCGAAACAGCAUGCAAAAUUGGUACAGGGUUUUCAGACGAAGUGUUACAGUCCCUAUAUGACAGAUUGAAGAGUACGACAAUCGAUGGCCCUAAAGCCACAUACAUCUACGACUCCAGCGCCCAACCAGACGUUUGGUUCGAGCCAACUUUGCUGUUUGAAGUUCUUACUGCAGAUCUUUCCAUGUCACCAAUUUACAAAGCAGGUGCAUCAACCUACUCGAAGGGUAUCUCAUUGAGAUUCCCAAGAUUCAUCAGACUUCGAGAAGACAAAUCCGUCGAAGAAGCGACUUCUUCCGAACAGAUAAUAGAACUGUAUGAAAACCAAUCUCACGUAGCCAAAUAG